UUGUUAAGCUAAAACCAUGGAAACUACCGAGAAAAGGACUGCGGCCUCGACACCAGCAUCUGAAGCGGCGCUGCUGCAUCCAGCGGCAGCUUCCGCUAAGUAUUCUGCUCUUGAUGUUGUUCUUCGGGUGCUGUUGCUUGCUGCUUCCGUAAGUGCUGUGGUGGUGAUGGCUACUAGCAAGCAAACCGAGAUGGUUCCGGUUCCAGGCUUGCCGCCUAACAUUAGGGUGCCUUUCUCAGCCAAGUUCAACCAUUCACCUGCUUUCAUAUACUUUAUUGCAGCAUUGUCGCUAACAAGCUUAUACGGUAUUAUUACGACUUUGGCAUCAAUUUCGGUGUCCCCCAAGACCAAAACCAUCUUGCUCGCCUUCGCAUUGUUGGAUGUGGUGUUUGUAGGGAUUGUUGCCUCGGCAACCGGCGCAGCUGGGAGUGUCGCUUACAUCGGAUUAAAGGGUAACAGCCAUGUUCGGUGGAACAAAAUCUGCAACGUCUACGACAAGUUCUGUCGACACAUCGGAAGUGCGGUGGCACUCUCGUUGUUGGCCGCCGUAUUGCUGAUGUUUCUCAGCAUGAUCUCCACCUUCACCAUUUACAAAAGGAUACGUUGAUUUUAGAGACAAGGGUCUACGUUUGAGGAUGUUGGUA